CAAUAUCACUUCAAAAUGGUUGAAAAAAAGUACACAAAGAUUUAUUUCCGACUCCUACCCACUGAAAAAAUGGCUUGGAAUUAUUUAAAAAUUUUAGAUGAUCAUAAAACAAUUUACAUCAGGUGUUUGCAAGAACUUAACAAAACAAAAGAGGCCGUUCCCACAUUUUGGACUUUUCACGCCGAUCAAGUCUUUUUCAAUCACACUCAAAAGGAGAUUUACGAUACCAUCACCCCCGACGUGCUAGACAAUCUUUCAAACGGACGAGAUGCUGUUAUUAUGGCAUAUGGCCAAACGGGGACUGGUAAAUCGUUAACAAUAAACGGCUUGCAAAACCCUUUUGAGAACAGAGGAAUCUUACCCCGAGUUAUAUCAGACCUAUUCCAAAAUUUAAACAAAGAGGCUUCAAAAAAUAUUAAAAUGUGCAUUCAGGCCUCUUACGUUGAAUUUUCGAGAACAAACAUUUACGAUUUGUUACAACCAUACCCAAAUUUGCUCAACUCCCUCAAAGAAAUAACAAAAGUCAAAAUACGGAGUGAGGAGGAAGCGUUAAAAAUAAUUUUUAGGGGCGAAGGCCGAAAAGUGUUUGCAGAAAGUGCCUCUUACCCUUCACAUUCUUCGAGCAGCAUCUUUACUUUCUAUAUUAAUAAGAAAAAUCUUGAAAUGCAAGAUAAUCCGAUCAGGAAGAGCAAGUUGCACAUUGUUGAUCUUGCGGGAGCUGAUACUGUUGGAAAUUUCAGCUGUUCUUUUAAAAAUCCUUACGAGAUUGGAUCAGCGAAUUUGGCCAAAACGCAAUUAGAGCAGUUUUUUCUAGUCCUGUGUUCGCAAAUUCCAGAACAGAUAAAACUAAGGCAGAAGAUAAACCCCAUGAUCCAGUAUUUGGGUGAUUCAUUAAAUAAUGCAAGCAUUUUGCGUCUUAUUGGACACAUUCGGGCCUCAAGAGAGGAUUUAUUGGUGACAAUCUCAAUGCUGAGGUUUGGUGAAAUAAUUGGUGGCCUGAAAUCGAUGAAAUGUGAGAUCAGUGUUAACAAAGAGGUCACGCAAGAAAGAGUUGAAAGCUUGGAAAGGGAAUUGAGGAGACUUAAACUUGAAAAUACGUACAAUUCAAUUUUGAUGCAUCAAGACUUGGCCAAAUCACUAAACGAAGAAAGAUUUGCCCAUAUUGAAAGAACGGUGAAUGAAUUUUUACAGAAUAAGAUUUCACAUCUGGCUUUGCUGAACGUUUGCGAUGUUAAUAUUGCUUUAGAAAUUUUGAAAAUGAUUUACAAAAAAUCUGAGGAAGAAAGGGGGAAGGAGCAAGUGAUGAUUGUGACAAAACACAGUGGCACCAGCAGUCAUAAAGCUCACUCGAAAUCGUCUCGUCUUUCGCACAAAACAUCAUCUACUGAGACACUCCCUAAAGAAAAGACCCGGUCUGGAUCCGCUGUUGCUGCUUUAAAAACUUCGAGUAAAUUGGGUUCGCUACGCGAAACAGGAUCAAAAACAAAAUCAAGGACCAGCAGUUCAAGUUUAGUAAAACGUCCAUCUACCAAUAAAAGAAAAUCGAGUUCGAGUGCUUCUCUCUACGACAAAAAUCGGGAGAAAUCAAAAUCGAAGCAAUCAUUUGAAUCGGUUCUCAUGCCCCAAAUUCCGCCCGAAUACCACGAAGCCUGGCAUGCGUACAUUACAGACAAAAAUGAUGAAUUCACCCGUUUUCAGCAUUUUUAUGAAAAAAAUGAAGCAGCCGCGAAGAAUAUGUACAAGACCUAUCUUAACGAUUUGGAUCGGUUAAGAGAAAUUUCGUCAAAUGUUGAGAAACACAAACACGACUUAUUCUUGGCCCGAAUGACUCGAGAGUUCCAACGCGCGAACAUCGACAAAGGCGAAACAAUCAGCGAAUUUGAAAAAUGCUCCACAAACCGGUUGCAAACAUUACAACAGGAGCAACUCGAAGUACAAGAAUCAGUAUUGAGGUCUCAGACAGAACUCAAAACUUACAUCAAUGCUUGCAAAGACAUUAAAAAGGAUGUGAGACGCCAUUUCGAUUUGUUUUGCAAAGAAAAAUAUAAUUUGGAGAUUUCUGGGUUGGAGCCUUGUGAACCCACCACUAUGGACAUUGUUGCAACCUUAGAUAAAGAAAAAGAAAAAAUUGUAAAGGAAGUGCAGCCGGAAGAUACCCAUGAAAUGAAUGAAAUAAAGCGAUUUGAACGUUUUAAAAAUUUGAUCGAGUAUGAGAAGAGGAGAAAAAGGUUGUAUCAAAUAAAACACAGGGAAUGGGUGAUAUAUUAAAAGAAUGUGCAAUAAAAUA